UACGGACACAGACACAAACUCAUCAAGGGGGCGGAGAGAAUACUGGGGGGAACAGGUACGACGUUAAAUCCGUACCUCACCCCUGCCCUGGGGAGUCAUGGUACGAUCCUGACCGACCUAAGUCCAGAUGACAAGGAGUACCAGUCAGUGGAGGAAGAGGUCCAGAGUACCAUUCGUCAGCACAGAGACCAGGGUCAAGCUGGGGGUAUCUUCAACAGGUAUAAUGUCAUCAAGAUUCAAAAGGUUAGAAACAAGAGACUGUGGGACCGGUACGUCCACAGGAGAAAAGAAGUGUCAGAAGAGAACCAUAACCAGGCCAAUGAGAGGAUGCUGUUUCAUGGUUCACCCUUCAUAAAUGCAAUCAUCAACAAAGGCUUUGAUGAGAGACACGCCUACAUCGGCGGCAUGUUUGGGGCAGGUAUCUACUUUGCAGAGAACUCAUCCAAGAGUAACCAGUAUGUGUAUGGGAUUGGUGGAGGCACAGGCUGCCCUAUUCACAAGGACCGGUCCUGUUACAUCUGUCAGAGACAAAUGCUAUUCUGCAGAGUGACGUUGGGUAAGGCAUUCCUACAGUUCAGUGCAAUGAAGAUGGCCCACGCACCGCCGGGUCACCACUCCGUCAUCGGCAGGCCCAGCGUGGGGGGGCUCAACUUCGCCGAGUACGUCAUCUACAGGGGAGAACAGGCUUUUCCUGAAUACCUGAUCACCUACCAGAUCGUGAAACCCGAGGCCCCCGCUGCACCCAGCCCCGACCAGAAGUAACCCUAGAACUGCAACACACCUGCAUAUGCCAUGUUUGCACUCAUGUGACCCACAGAAGUGUCGGCCAUGUUGGAUGGUUAAACCUGGAACUUCUGUUGUAGUUACACCUUGUUAUUUUGAAGUCAAAUCUUUGCUGUGGUAACAUUCGCCACGUCUGUUCUGGACUGGUACAUACAUACAUGUUUACUAUGGUAUCCUGCAAACUUCUUCUUGUGUCCCAGGGGCUUCCAUAGAAUGAUCCAGGCACGCUUUGUGUGUACUGCUGUUAGAAAUUUGGAUAACAGAUUUGAAAUUGGUAUUCUUUGAAUUUUGUGGACACCAAAUAUUCUCACCAUCUGGCACAUGUUGCAGUGAAAGACGAUUACCCCAGCGGCAGAGAGCUUCAUCUAGCUACGUACCACAUUUUAAAAAUCGUGUUAUGCAUAUCUGAAUUUUGUGCUUAUGGGGGUUUAUGUUGCAGUAGUAGAUCUCUUUAGAUUUCCUGUUUUCAAUAUGGUGGUCUUAGGCCCAAUCUAGACACAGUUUUUACCGAUAUCUCCACAGAUGUCGGGAGGGAUCUGGAACGUUGGCUGCGGGACACCAGUGGGCUUGCAGUCAUAAACAGCUAUAUAAUCUAAUGAGCCGGCGUUAUAUGCUAACGAGCCCUCCCGAAGUCGGGACGCAUCUACACGCACGCGGAAGUUGUCGGGGACCCCUACUAAGCUAUAGGGGACCCCUGCUAAGCUAUCAGGCGAAUACUCUGGACCUUUUGGGAGAAAUUCUGCCGAUAUCUUUUUGGCGAUAUUGCAGUUCCAUCUAGACGCUGAAAAAAAGCUGUCAGCGAAAGGUUGUCGGCUCGUAGAUAUCGUGAAAAACUGUGUCUAGAUUGGGCCCCAUACCUCAGUGGCAAAUUUUUCUGCAGUAUUGUCAAUUUUUUAUGGAUUAUGGUAUUUGGUUGUUCCAUAAUUGUGGGAUGUGUGCAAGUAUUUACACUUGAAAGUUGCAGAUAUGUGGUUACAAAAUCAUGCAAUGUUUUAUAUUCUUUCUAAACAGUAUUUUCAUAAGCAUACCGGUACAUGUAGUUGUUUAAGGGUACUAGUAUAUUUCAGAAAAUGGUGAUGACGAUAUUUUGUGAAAGGGGUGAUACAUUUCAUUGCAGCACUGGAACAGUGUAUUUCACAACUUUUUGGAGAACAUGAUUUCACUGAUUCAACCAUACCCAUAUAUUUAGUUGGAUCUUGAAAAAAAAAACAUUUAGAGAAGUCAAGAUGACAAUAGAGGGCUGGGAAAAAUUGCAUCAGAUUCUGACCAUAUUCACCCCUUAAACUGUUUGUACCAAGAAACAAAGUCUCAACUGUCAUGUUGGCCUUCAAGAUCUAAAAUCAACAGAUAAAAUUGGUGUGGCUUUCAAAGGUUAAAACAUAUUAUUCACACAAGUUCAGUAUAAGGUAUGGAUUGAAUGAUGCAACACUGUGUACUAGUUACUUGUUGUAGAAUUCAAAUAUUGUGUGUACUUAAAUGUUGCAUAUCCAGCUGAAAACUGAAAUCUUUAAUGUGAAAUGAUAUAAUCCAUUUGUAUUCGGCACCAAUCCAUCCAUGAACCCUUGAAUUCAGCUUUCUCGUUAAUCAUCUUAAAUUUUCAAGAUAUUUGACUGAAUCUCCCAACCAUGGGCUCUCUCCAGUGACGACCGUUCUGUCCUUAGACAGAAGUUUGCUCAUCCAGACAGAAAAUAUUUUAACCAUUUAAGAUUUCAUGGUUUUAAGAGCCUGCGCAAUGAAACACAUGGUGUGACUUUAUUGUGAAAAGUAACCCCAGUUUUUGCAUCUUUUUUCUUCACUUUUCUGGAGAUCGUUGAUAAAUUGUUCAUGCAUAUAUAUGUCCCUCGUUUCAGACCAAUGAUGUAAGAUGGUUAAUGCAAUCACAAUAAUGGUGUUAUGAUUCUUUGACCAAUAAAUUUGUUGCCUAUAUUGUUCGUUUACACUUAUAAAAUCUCAUUGUUUUCUACGCUUUCACUGUGGUUUCUGCUUGGUCUCAGUAUAAUCUCAAAUCAGAACGAAUCGGUCGGAUUAUAUUUUGUUGGUAUGUUGCGACCUUUCCAGGUUUCUUAACUUUGAAUACAUAUAUUGUGUGUGCAAAAAAAAUGAGAAACGUUUCAGAGUGCUAUUUUACGUAUCUGUAUCUAAGUAGCCGGUAUAACUGCCCUUCGGCGUAACACACCAGCUGUGUAUACUUAAUAAGCCUUAGGGUGACCGUGACUGGAAGAUAUUUCAUCAUUCAAGGUUCAAAGCACACCACUGUUGCAUCAGAUAUUUUUCCUUGACAUUUGAUAUUAAAAUAUUAACAAUUCGUGUCAGGACGUUACAUGUCGCUACUGUGGAAACUUAAUGUUGUUUUCAAACUAUUACAAUGUACAAUGUAAAUGCUUAUAGAAAAGUUCAGGGGUGUGAAGACUACAAAAGAAGAAGAGUUGUUGAAUAACAACAAUUAUAUUUGGUCACUUUCCAACGUGUUGACAGAAGAUUGUUCUUAGAUUGAGGGACCUUACCUCAUGUCGGCUAAAACUACAGAUUGUGGUAUAUGAAAAUAAUUCAGUUUGCCAUAAGGUACAUGUACUAGGUGAAGUGACACUUGGAGAAGGAAAAGAAAAGUUUUACAGAAGUUGUUUUGUGAACAGGCUUGUUACCAGGCUUUUUGAGCUUCAGGGGAAAAAAGCUUGAAUAUUCUGGUGUUAGAGGCCAGCCAUGCCUGUAGCCAUUGGUAUACAGAUGAACUAUUUUAAUGUUUAUGUUGUUGUCUCUUCUGUUACAGAAGUGUAUAGAGUGGACAUGGAAAUAUAACAUCCUAAUAAACAUUGUAGCUGGGA